AAGGGAAAUCAGACCGAAGUAACCGAGUCCAUCUUUGUGGGAUUUUCCCGGAUGGUGGAGCUGCAAGUGCUGCUCUUUGUGAUGGUUCUGUCUAUGUAUGCGGUGUCCCUGAUGGGGAAUGUUCUCAUCACGGCCGUCAUAAAAGCCAACCCGUCCCUCCACACGCCAAUGUAUUUUUUCCUCGCCAACCUGUCCCUGCUGGAGAUCUACUACACAACAUCCAUUGUGCCUAAGAUGCUGGUGAGCCUGGUGUCAGAAAACAGAAGGAUCUCACUAUGGGGUUGUGCCAUGCAGAUGUAUUUUUUCACCCUCUUUGGCAUCACUGAGUGCUGCCUCUUGGCUGCCUUGGCCUAUGACCGCUACAUGGCCAUCUGCAACCCGCUGCACUACUCAUUCGUCAUGAGAAAGGGGGCCUGCGCCCAGCUAGCCAUAGCCUCCUGGAUGGUGGGCUUGAGCCAGACCAGUUAUGUCUUCAGUCUGACGUAUUGUGGGGCCAACAAGAUCAACCACUUCUUCUGUGACAUCACGCCCCUCCUGAAGCUGGCCUGCGGAGACACCUCCAUGAACGUGUUGGCCAUGUACCUGGUGGCUCCUCUUUUCAUAACCUCCCCCUUCACACUCAUCCUGGUCUCCUACCUCUUCAUCAUCGCCUCCAUCCUGUGGAUGCCAUCAGCUGAGGGGAAGCACAAGGCCUUCUCCACCUUUCCCCACCUUAUCGUAGUCUUGCUCUUCUAUGGCUCUGGCAUCAUCACCUACCUCAGGCCCAAGUCCAGAUACUUGAUGGAGAGCGACAAGCUCCUGGCCCUCUUCUACACAGUGGUGACAUCCAUGCUGAACCCCAUUGUCUACAGCCUGAGGAAUAAAGAGGUCAAGGAGGCCAUGAGGAGGGCGCUGGACAUACAAAAGGCAAUAAAUAAAUAA